AUGGUGUUCCUACUGUUUUUCAGUCAUACAAAUCGAUUGGAGAUGGUCCCAGGGUGUAUAGAGGUCGCCAAUAUUGCGGUUUGGUGGAGGGGCAAAAAAGUCAGGUCGGCGAAUCCCCCUCUGCGAGUCAACCGUGUCAUCGAAGGACAGGACCCUAUCAAAGUGACACGAGAGAUCUUCCUAAAAGAUAUGGACGAAUUUGCCAAAAAACAGAAAAUAAAACACAAUAGAUCACAGUCGCCGUCUGCAGGUUCGCACCCUUCAUCGUUUCGUGAUCAACAGGAGAAAGAGAACACACGGAUAGCAUGUGGGCGUCCUCGCGAUGUUGAGGAAACUAUUCCUUCCACGCUGCUACAUCCAGCCUUCGGCCAAUUCAUCGAUGACUGCAAGAAUAACAGGAUAACGGAAGAAGACAAUGCGUUCAUCCACGAACUGGCCAAUGUAAAUUCGGCCUUGUAUGAAAAUGAAGACAAAAGAAUAGCUGCAGUUAGCAAGGUGCUCGCAGCGUACCGCCUUGGCUUUCGCCUGCACAGCAGGGUGCAAGGAACUGCAUAUCAGACAGAUGCAGACAUGUCCAUCGACGUCCGUGGAAAUUGUCAUUCUUUUGUAAUUGCGGAGUUCAAGAACGAGGCGGCGACCUCUAGCUCGGAACCGUAUGUGCAGGCUCUCAAUUACUACCUGGAGUCAACGAGGAAUUUUGCACCUCAGAUGUCGGGGUCGGCUCUGCCGUGUUUCAUCCUGAUACUGUUUGGACCAUACGUUGUCUUUGCUAGUGCCGUUUGGACUUUGCGGCCUGCUGCACAACUCCUUUCGAACCCUCUUGCAUUCAAUUAUCAUUCCACCGAUACUGAUAAUCAGAUGGCCGCUGCACGUCACAUGGCUGCAUUCCGCAAAGCCGUGAGAUCGCUCGAGAGACAUUACGAGACGCUCCCUCCUGACUCUGCACUUGCUAACACGCUAUGUCACCCCAUGCUGUUCCCAUAUCCAACAAGCUUCACAUCUCUCGAUGACAACAGCGAGAUAUCUUUCAAGUAUACGGAGCAUCUCAAAAACAAUGGGGGACAAUCUACAAAACUCAUCUUUUUUGGGACCCUCGCUGAAGGAGAUGCUGAGGCUGCUAUCUGCAUCAAAUUUGUCAGACGUUAUUCACGCGAUGCUCAUCUGCAUUGUGCUCGAUCAGGCGUUGCCCCUAGAUUACGAGGAUUCGAACAGCUCCCCGGAGGUUGGUACAUGAUAGUCAUGGACAAACUUGUCGGCUAUGAUGUAUUGGCCGACUUGCCGGAUUCAGAGCGCAUCCCUCGACGUGUGUUCGAGGCUAUUGGAGAGCACCUGAAGACACUGCAUGCGUGCCAGCUAGUCCAUGGCGAUCUACGCGAUACCAAUAUCAUGGUGAUGAAGGACGAUAGAACAAAGUUCAUGAUCAUCGACUUCGACUGGGCGGGUGUAGAAGAGGUUGUGCGAUAUCCGCCAUAUGUGAAUUACGCUCAUAUCAAGAGACCACACGAUGCGAGAGAUGGAGAAGUCGUGAAGGCGGCUCACGAUUACUUUAUGCUCGAUGUCCUAAUUGACAUGAGGGCCGAUAAGUAG